CUCCAGACAGGAGUUAUACAACGUCUCGUUAAGAGUUCCUGUGAUUGUCCAUCUGAAAUCGUUUUAAUCAGAAGCGCAGAGGAAAGAUGCUUUUGAAGGCAAUCAUUGGACUGCUACUAGUUUUGCUGUGUGUGACAUUAGGAUCCUGUCUUCAGUGCUACAGCUGCAUUUUUGAAAACGAUGCUGGCGAAUUCUGCAAAUCAUUAUCUAGUGGGCUGGGUCAUAACGCAAUAAAAAACUGCAGUGCGAAUGAGAAUUCGUGUCGUAUCGAUAAAAUUGUUCAACAAGACAAGAAGAUAACCUUUUUCAAGCGAAAAUGCGCCAAGGCAGAAGACUGCACCAACAAAUGUUCAGAUCCAGACGGAACAAACGGCGACAUAAUCUGUGACAUGUGUUGUGAGGAGAAUCUCUGCAACAAAGGAGAAGGGCCCACUGCGGAGUCAGGAGCAUUGAAAAUCGCGGUGAUGAGUAGCUGUUAUACAAUUGGGGCCUUCUUCGUGUGGUUCUUUUUGUAACCUUAUUGCAAACACUGUCUUUUAAAGUAGUUUUAGCUUUCCGCGUCUUGAGUAAGAUUCGAUGAGUAAGAUUUUAAUUUCGCUGCCUUUUUUUUAUUUAUUUCUUGUUUUGUAUGUCAAGAUAUAUGAUUGGGUGAGUUGAAACCAUAAUGAUAAGUAAACGAAGUCCUUCACCCAGACCUUCCAUUGCCACAUUUCAAUUAAAUUACACGGUAGAAUCUGGUAACGAGAUUAAAGUACAAGUUAUGAUCGGUGACAGACAGAAUGGAAGUCACGCAUUUUUCUCGGAUCAAAAAUUAUGCUGAAAUCAAUUCCUACGCGCCCCUAUCUUCUUUCAGUUUGAAGGACCUCCUUUCAAUAUCCCUUAAUGUCUUGGAUGCAAGACUACCUUGUCAUACAGAUAGAAGACUUUGAUAAAGUUGCGCUACGGGUUUAUUCUUUUGUGGGAAAAUCAGUUGGAUACACCUCUUACAGAGGAGCAUCAAAUAAAGAUACUUAUGUGUUGGAAUCACCCUACCAUAUGUCAUUAUACUAACAUUGUGUAAAUUAAUAAAUAAGUAAAGUAAUCAAGUAGGUUUUUCCGGCGAUGUUAAGAACUUGUUUUUCUUUUCCUCUAUAAUUCGAUAAUAAACAAGGUUACUAGCUGUCA